GUUGUCUUCGGUGCCAUCACCAGAUCAAAGUGACGCGCGUUGCCUGCGUUUGCAAGAGGGUUGUGGCGCGAAUUAGAGGCCGAAAGACCGACAAGAACUUAUCGGACAAUUGGAAGCUGUGUGUGCAGCUUGGUCCAUGACGUAAUACUGAAACAUCGAGUUCUGUUGGAGCUGCCCAAUCACCGAGAGAAGGGGGUUCGAUGGCAGUGCAGCCUCCAACUGAGGACCCACUCAAGAACCACCACAGGUACGAGACUGUCAAGUAUCUAAGCUCGGGUUCAUACGGGUUCGUUGUUCUGGCCAGAGAUCGCACCAGUGGCAGCUCGGUGGCUAUAAAAUUCAUCGAAAGACUAAAGGGAAAGAUAACCAAGAACGUUGAGAGGGAGAUCCUGAACCAUUCCAUCCUGAUCCACCCGCAUGUUGUGCGAUUUGAGGAAUGUUUCCUCACGGAAAAGUAUCUUGCAAUCGCCAUGGAAUAUGCAGCAGGAGGGAACAUGUACAGUCAUGUCACAGCAAAUCAUGGGUUGCAAGAGGAGCACGGCCGCUUCUUCUAUCAGCAGAUCAUCCUGGCGCUGGACUACUGCCACAAAAUGAGCAUCUCCAACCGGGACAUCAAGCUUGAGAACACUCUGCUGGACAGCACAGAACCGGGGCGCAAUCCUCUCAUUAAGCUCUGUGACUUUGGGUACUCCAUCAAUGAGUCGCACAGCCUGCCAAAGACCGCUGUCGGCACACCUGGGUACACAGCGCCCGAGGUGCUCAUGAACCGGACGCGAUAUGAUGGGAAGCUGGCGGAUGUGUGGAGCAGCGGGGUCAUGCUGUACGCCAUGCUGUGCUGUAGAUACCCCUUUGAGCGGCCGGAAGAUGACGAUGACCCUAAGGGCCAGCACAGAAUCGUGCAGCGCAUCAUCAAAUGCCAGUACGAGUGGCCAAAGGACAAGCCGCUGUCAGCAGAGUGCAAGGACCUGAUGUCCAAGAUCUUUGUGGCGGACCCUGCUGCGCGGAUCAGCAUUGCACAGAUUCAGAAACACCCAUGGUUCAGGCAUGGUCUGCCCCAGAACCUGGAAGUGGACACCUACAAUGGCCACUAUGUCAAACUCUCCAAGCAGGCUGCAGACAACGCAGACGCAAUCCGCCGCGUUGUGCGCGAGGCACUCCAUGAAGGGCAGGAGCAGCAAAGUGUCUCUGGUGAUGUGGAUCACUUGGCAGAGCGCAACUCCAUGGACACAGAGGACUCUCUUGAAAAUGACUACCUGUCCUGGUAUUGA